CGAUCGGCUCUCCUCCGUCCGGAUUCCUUCUUUCACACCGAUACCGUGCAGCUAUAAUUCCGCCGCCUCUUAUUCUUGCCUGCUUCACCAUCGCAUGUUGCACCAACGCGUCGGUGUUACCUGCACAUCGUACCACGAAUUUGUUAUCCGCACAAUUUUUGCACACGUAACACGUGAAAUUGUCACCGAACGGCCGCCUGGUGGCCUCUCAUUACCGCCAACUCUCGCGUUUUGGUGAUCUUAUCGCUCGCAGCUUGCCACCUCGUCUAUCGAUCUUUCGUUCCCACCGCGGCUAACUUCACGGCCGUUAUGGCGGAUUGUUUAUCGUAAAUCGACGCUGACCAGUGGAGUUGAUGUUUCGAGGCGAAUACGAGGAAACACGCGUUGCGGUUCGAUUAAUUGAUUAACAAUAGCAAGGAUCAGCCGACAAUGGUCCUCACGAAGGAAUAUCGCAUUUGCAUGCCGUUAACCACGGAAGAGUACCGCAUUGGCCAAUUAUAUAUGAUUGCCAGACAUAGUCAUGAACAAUCUGAUUCUGACGAGGGUGUAGAAGUUAUACAAAAUACCGCCUGCGAAGAUCCUGUUCAUGGAAAAGGACAGUUUACUGAGAAAAGAAUCCAUCUCUCCAGUAAACUUCCUUACUGGAUACAAUCUAUCUUACCACGAAUAUUUUACGUGACAGAAAAAGCAUGGAAUUAUUAUCCUUUUACUAUCACAGAAUAUACUUGUUCUUUCAUACCAAAGUUCCACGUAGUAAUACAUACACGAUACGAAGACAACAAUGGCUCGACAGAAAAUUGUUUAGGAUUGUCACCCAUUAAUUUGAUUCAUAGAGAAGUCGAUUUUGUGGAUAUCGCGUAUGAUGAAAUCUCGGCAAAGCAUUACAAAGAGGAGGAAGAUCCAAAAUUUUUCCAAUCAAAACGGACGGGCCGUGGCCCUUUGGUUGAAGGCUGGAGGGACACGACGCAACCUAUAAUGUGUUCCUACAAGUUGGUCCAUGCCUCAUUUGAAGUCUGGGGCAUGCAGACGCGAGUAGAGGAUUUCAUACAUAGGUGUAUCAGGGACAUCCUAUUGCUAGGCCACAGACAGGCCUUUGCCUGGAUCGACGAGUGGUACGACAUGAAUUUGGAAAACGUUCGACAGUAUGAACAAAAGAUGCAAGAGGAGACGAACGAGAAGGUCAGACUGAGAAAUCAACUUAACGAGAAGCAGCUCUCUGAAACGGGCACACCGUCCCCAUCGAUGCCAACCACACCGACGGCGAAGUCGCCCACACAAUCAUCGAAUCGAUCUUGGUUUUCUUGGUCGUAGCCAUUAUUAGCCAAUUUGAUCUCAGGUUCUAUGACAGCUCUUCGUCACGGCUAAUAUUGCGCGAAUGAACGGAACGAGUGGCAUUCUUUAUUUCCCACGCGCGUACAUGCACAUAUUGGAUGUCCCAAAGAAUGUGCCGAUCGGUAACGCGAAUACAUUCUUCAGAUUCGGAAUUAAUUAGUUAUCACUUGUUAAUUUAAUCGAUAAUCUUAUUGCGAAGUUAUUUAAGACGUAAAACUAUUCUUAUAGAGAGAUUGUAAAUUGCUAGCGAAUUUAUCUUCUCAUUAUUAUAAAAAAAAAAGAGAAAAACAGAAAAACGGGUCCAACAUUUCUAGGAAAGUUAGGAUUCACGAAGAAUUUGAAAGUUAUUAUUGGUAGUAAUUUUAAUUGCAAGUGCAAAAAAACUCAAUGUCGAGAUCAAUGAGAAAUGUGUAUUGAUUUCUGUAUUUUUUUUUUGUUUGGGACAUCCCAUAUACAUAUGUAUAGUUCCGUACAUGUAGGCUUAUCGUAAAACGAUUUUUAUUUCCGUUUCGAUGUACCAUAGAAAAAUGCACUUGAAAAUGUGCGACGUGCGACUAAAUUGCACGGUUAAAUUUCAAGAGAGCGCACAUGGAAAGCUGGUCUAAACUGUUUUGAUAACAACGUAAAAUGCAAGUUUUAAAAUGUAUCGUGUUGUGAAAAUAACUAAAUGCUGAAAUUUAACCACUUAUACUUGAGUCACAUCUUGUACAUGUGAGCAAGUUUCACUUGCGUUUUUAUAGCGAAUUAGCAGUAAAUGGCUGUUUUUAUCAUACAACGUUAUGUUCUACGGUGUAAUUAAUGUGUACUAAAUUUUUAUUUUCCGUUUCAACGUGUAGAGAAGCACUUGGAAAUAUAUGUGUUUGCAAAUAAUUCUUAUUUGUUCAAACGAAUGUUUCAAUUAUAAUUGAUAUGACCAUCACUAUUAAAUCAAUAACUAUUAUUUUUUACUGGUACCGCAAGGAGACACGUCUCAAUCGAAGCACAAUUAAAUCAGUCAAUUUACAUAAACGUUAUCGUAAUAGAUAAAUAGAAUGAUUUACACAGAAUUCGCGUAUAUGCUGUUCGAUAAUAUUCUUACCUAAUUAGGAUUAACAAGUGCUGGAUGUAAUCUGCUGAUAGUUGGAUGUCGUAACGGUGUAAUGAGAACACGUGCCAUUUCGCCAACGUGACCUGUCAACGGAAACGUAUAAUAAAAUAUUAAUUUGCUUACCAAA